AAAUUAUUUUAUGCAAGAAUGAACUGAUGCAGCACAAAGCUAAGCAAUUAUCACAAAAACUAUUAGUUGGUUUUUCUUUCGGAAAAAAAUGGCUUAUCUUAGGCUAGCUCAUUUGGUUGUCUUCUUGCUUGCCACAUUUUCAUUAAUAUUUCCGAUGAUGAAGGCAGCAGAAGAUUGUUUGGGUAUUUGUUCGCCGUUUGAGAUGCCACCAUGUCCUUCAAGCAGCUGCCGUUGCAUUCCUGUUAUACUAAUUGGAGGAAACUGCGUAGAUCCAUCAUCUCCAACUAUCACGAAGAUGGUUGAGAAACAUGCUAACUUAUGUCAAUCUCAUGCUGAUUGCACGAAGAAAGGAAGUGGUAGCUUUUGUGCUCGUUAUCCUAAUCCUGAUAUCGAAUAUGGAUGGUGUUUUUCCUCAAGCAGUAGAGCACAAGAAGUAUUCUUCGAGAUUUCCUCUAACCCUCAAUUUAUAAAAGACUUAAAGAUGAGGCCUGAUACUUGCCGGAGCUCCUUUAAUUUAUUAAUGUGAAAAAAGCAUGCAUGGAUGAAAAAAGCUCCUUUAAAUAAAUUUACAAUCUUCAUUUUUAAAGAAUCUGUUGUAUUUCUUAGAAUAACUAUCAUAUGUAGUUAGGGUUGAUACAUAA